CCUUGUUGACAUUACUUCCAGUACUGUCUGCGAACGCUUUUUCUUGGCUCUCCUCUGUGCCUCGCCAGACCUUUGUCAGAUCUCUCGACUCCACCCCCCUCGCCAUGGCCGACGCCGUCCCCGCUGCCCUGAGGCAGGCCGAUGUCAACAUCUGGAAGUGCGCCACUAAAGGAGCGCAACUCCAGAAGGUGAAGCCUAUCAUGGCUUAUUGGUGCGAGUACUGGGCCGUGAAUCAGAUUCUGGCCAAGCAGUUGCAUACAGCCGACGAGGACAUCCUGCGCUACACCACAAACUUGAUGGAUAAGCUGGAACAGACCAAGGCAGAAUAUGCCAGCGAAGACGCCAUUACAGACGAUGCCGCCGGGCAGGCUUACGUCGAGCAGUUCGCCCAAGAAACGCUUGAUCGAGCGGAACGGGUAGUGAAAGCAAACCGGGUAACACAGCAAACGGCGACAACUUUCGACGCAGCCGCAACAUUCUUUCAUGUCGCGAACAUAUGGGGCGCCGUGGACCAGGAGACGCAACAGAAGAUCAAGUACGCCAAAUGGAAUGCGGCGCGCAUUGUGAAGGCGAUAAAGGAGGGGAAUGACCCGAACGAGUCGAACCCGAGGCACGAAGAACCUCCACAGCCAGAGUCGCAUCCGAUCGCUCCCGAUGUUGAGGGCUUGGACGGCACUGCAGCGGCUAGCCGGCCAAGACCGGCAACAGUUGAAGAGGUUCCUGACGCGGACCUCGUCAAGGACGCAGCUGGCGUGUCGCUGCCACACAGCCCGGUUUCAGCCGGCCCAUCACCACUUUCUGACGACGGUCUCCAGCUCCCCGGCGUUCCCACCCACUUCAGCCAGCCAGCACAGCCUGGAUACUUUGAGUCGGAGGCAUCAGCUGCUCCACCUUCACAGCAUCGGGGUCCCUAUGAAGCUCCUCCCGACCUUCUGGCCCCGCCAACCGGUUGGACACCCUCGCAUCAGGCUCCAGCGCCGACUGCAAUGCCCCCGACGUUCGCCCCAAAUCCGCCAUCCACCGCCGCAGUCGCGUCUCCCCCCGUUAGUUCACCAAGCGAUCCUUAUCACAUGCAUACGCCGCCACCAACAAAUACGGCAAGGCCAUCGGCUCCUUCAGCAGCGGCCCCUGUGAGUUAUGCGUCGGCUCAGGCCGGAGGUUUUGCAAUGGACGAGGCUGCGAUAGUUGGGGCACAAAAGCAUGCGAAAUGGGCCAUCUCGGCCCUCAAUUUCGAAGACGUCCCUACAGCGGUAAAGGAAUUACGCAAAGCACUGGAGUUGCUUGGAGCUACGUAGGACGGAAGAUGGUGUUACAGGCUACGUAACGACGUCACGACGGGGGACGCAAGCAUGGGAGUUGGGGUCCUUGCGCGUUGGCUAACUCUGUCUC